ACAUGUUUGCUGGGCUGGUACUUAAACUAGAUUAUAAGGUAAUCUUGGCGAGGGACGUAUUAAGUGCUGAUAACAGAUCAUAAGUUAUUCGUGUGGCAUAACCUACUCGUGUCAGUAUCUGACUUCAUUUAUAUCAACUGACGUGACGAUACAGCUUGGUCAUUUCAUAGUCAGAAAAUAUGGAUCUAGCUUUUUCUCCCGUUCCUGAUCCGCACAUCGCCGACUAUAUCGUUAUAGCUAUUUUCCUCUGUGUCUGUAUGGGAAUUGGAGUUUACUAUGGUUACCAGACAAACAAAAAACCAACAUUGGAGAAUUAUUUUCUUGGAAACCGCCGCCUUUUGCUUUUACCGGUUACACUGUCACUUUUUGUGACGUUUGCAUCAGCGAUUUCUCUAAUGGGCGUUCCGGCCGAGGUGUACGUCUACGGAAUUCGCGGAGUGUACAUCGGUCUUGCUUACUUUAUAUCUGUGAUUAUAGCUAGUGUUACUGUAGUUCCCCUUUUAUACCCUCUACAUCUUACCAGUACAUAUGAGUAUCUUCAACUCCGAUUUCGGUCGAAAGGCGUGCGAACUUUGGGAACUAUGAUUGGAAUGCUGCAGACGGUUGCCUAUAUGGGAGUAACAUUGUAUGCACCAGCCUUGGCGCUUCAAAUUGUUGCUGGGAUACCUCUGUGGCUUUCUAUAGUUGUGAUUGGACUUGUUGGCACCAUUUACACAGCUAUCGGAGGAAUAAAGAGCGUAGUAUGGACGGACGCCUUCCAAUUUGUCAUGAUUUUCAUUGGAUUAAUAGCGGUUUCCAUUAAGGGCAGCAUUCUCAUGGGGACACGUUACUCAGUUAUAGGCAUCGCGACGGAAGGAAGAAGGCUUGAAUUUUUUAAUUUUGACCCGGAUCCUCGAUCCCGACACACGGUCUGGGGAAUGCUGAUAGGUCUAACGUUCGCUUUUGUCCCAAACUGGUGUAACCAGUCUAGUGUACAGAGAGUCUCGUCUCUCAGAAGUCUGAAGGCUGCUAAAAGAGCGUUUUGGCUCCUUGGACCUAUUGUGAUAGCAUAUUUUGCAUUUCUUGGAUAUUUGGGAAUUCUUCUUUACUCGUAUUACUACACGUUGGAAUGUGAUCCAGUCCAAGCCGGAUUCCUUAGCAACUUCAAUCAAUUGAUGCCGUAUUUCGUGCUCGAUGUGUUGCGGUCACUCCCAGGUCUAUCUGGUAUUUACAUCAGCUGUUUGUUUAGCGGCGCUCUCAGCACACUUUCUUCUGGAAUCAACUCGUUAGCUGCUAACACCGUAGAAGAUAUUCUGGGAGACUGCGUAAAGAAAUCGGAAGUUAUUUCGCAGACAACUGCAGCAAAGUUAUUCGUAAUGCUGUACGGACUGGUAGUCGUUGGACUGGCGUACGCUAUCAACUCCAUGUCUGGGUCGAUCACUCAGAUGGCACUGUCAGUAUUUGGAGCUUGUGGAGGACCGUUGGCUGGGCUCUUCUUUCUCGGUGGAAUGAUACCAAAAGCAAAUUGGAAGGGAGCCAUUAGUGGCAGUCUUAUGACUCUUGCGUUCAACAUAUGGAUGGCAGUUUCUUCUCAAAUGUAUGGCGCGAAGCCGGUAAAAUUACUGCAGAAUCCUACGAGUGGGUGUUUCCCUGGCAACCUCACAGUCACAAUGAACGAGUCAACGAUGCAUACUUAUAACACUACAAUGAAACUCACAGUCUAUAAUGUAACGGGACACUCAAGCUUCAUACAAACCAGUCCGGUCACUCCGGAUGACGGAUUCUUCCUGUACAAUGUGUCCUAUGUCUGGUACGGUUUUAUCGGAUUCUCCCUGACUCUGAUCAUUGGCACCGUCGUCAGCUUGUGUACGGGCGGUGAUGGCGGUGAGCCUGUAGAAGAUCGCCUCAUCUUUCCUAUCUUAAGAAAGAUAUGUGAUGUGAAAUCUAAAUAUCAAUAUGAUGUAGCUGAGAUGGAAGAGAAGACAAGGAAUGGAAGUACGACUGAAAGCAUGGGACAAAUCAUAUAUUUCCGCCGAGACGACGAGGACGAUGCAUGAAAGAGAAUCACCGAUUAUUAUGAACUGGAUAAUAUAUCUCAUCAGAAUUUCAGUUUACCGGCCUCGUUUAUGCUUCUUCCUGUGUCAUUUUUCAAGCACAUCACUUCCAAAAACAUGCGAAACAAUCCUUUCCUCAUCAUCACUUGCACUGGAGAGAAAACACCGAGAGUUAUUUUAUUGUUACAUUAUCCAAUUACAUUGAAUGAAUUUCUCCAUGUGUUUUUGUUUUCUACAUGAUGUUGGAGGACAUCAAUAUUUCUCAGAACUAAAUUAUUAGUGCAAUAGUCUGGUCUUUAAUAUGGACGAUCCUUGCCUUCAAUAUGUAUAACGCUUCCUUUUUCUAUCUAUGUUCUGUAAAAAUAAUGGUUAUAUUAUAUUCUUAGAAGGAAAUGCAGACUUAUUUGUAUGAUGGUUUAAGAAAAAAAGAAAAAUGAGGAAACAAACGCGCUGCUUAUCAUUAUAUUUCAAAAGGAAAAACUAUAUGGCGAUCGAUAGCAAUCGUGACUUUGAGCUGUAAGCUGUUAUGGAGGCUUAAACUUGGGAUUGCCUCUUUUAGAAGGAGAGAAAUAAAGUAU